AUGAACGAUUUUCUAGGACAAGCAUUUAUAUUUUUAUUUUCUGCUGUAAUUUGUGUUCCUAUUUCUAAGAAAUUAGGAAUGGGUUCUGUAUUAGGCUAUUUGAUAGCAGGAGUUUUAAUAGGACCAUAUGUUUUGAAAUUUGUAGGAAACGAUGGUGCUGAUAUAAUGCAUGCUACAGAAUUUGGUGUUGUGAUGAUGCUAUUUUUAGUUGGAUUGGAAUUAGAUCCAAAAGAAUUCUGGAAGAUGAAGAACAAGAUUAUUAAUCUUGGUGGAAUGCAAAUUUUAGGGACAGUUUUUAUCGCAACAAUUAUUGGAGUUUAUGGUUUGAAAAUGAAUUUUCCAAGAGCUAUUUCUAUAGCUUUUGCUAUUACCGUUUCUUCGACAGCUAUUAUUAUGCAGACUUUGAAUGAAAAAGGACUUACUAAAACAGGAAUUGGUAAAUCGACUUUUUCUGUACUUCUUUUUCAAGAUAUAAUGGUUAUUCCAAUUUUAGCAAUUAUACCUUUAUUGGUUGGAGAUUCACUAAUACAAUCUAUUGGAGAUGAUUCUAAAAGUCUAUUGGUUGGUGGACCUGCUUUUAUGAAAACAUUGGUAAUUGUAGGUGCAAUUACUUUUAUAUAUGUUAUUGCAAAAUAUAUUCUAACACCUUAUUUUAAAUACGUUGGUCAAUUACAAGUUAGAGAAAUAUAUACUUCUUCAGCAUUAUUAUUAGUUAUUGGUGUAUCUCUAUUAAUGCAAAAAGUUGGAAUUUCUCCUGCUUUGGGAGCAUUUAUAGCUGGUGUUGUAUUGGCUAAUAACGAAUAUAAACAUCAAUUAGAAAGCGAUAUAGAACCUUUUAAAUCUUUAUUACUUGGUAUCUUUUUUAUAGCUGUUGGUUCUACUAUCAAUUUUAAGCUGAUUGUAGAGAAGCCUCUUAUGAUUCUUGGACUAACAAUAGGAAUUAUGGCUAUAAAAUCGUUUGUUUUAUGGAUAAUAGGAAUUAAGCAUAAGUUUAAUUUUGAUCAGAAAAUGUUAUUUGUUCUAUUGCUAUCACAAGUAGGAGAAUUCGCAUUUGUGAUUUUAGCUUUAACUAGAAAUUUAGAUAUUCUCAACAAGCAAUGGUACGAUUUAAUGCUAGCUACAACAGCGAUAACAAUGGAGAUUGUUAUUAUUGCAGGAUUUGGUGAUUUUGGAAAUACAAUAAGUAGAGUUUUAAACAGUACAGAUAUAAAAACUAUUGUUUUAGAUAACGAUAGCGAGCGUGUUGAAAAAAUGCGUAAACAAGGUUUUAAUGUUUUUUAUGGUGAUGCAACCAAUGUAAAUCUUUUAAAAUCCGCUGGUGCUGAUCAUGCAAAAUAUUUUGUUGCAGCGUUGGAUCCUCCAGAAAUUAAUCAAAAGUUAGUACAUAUUGUUCGUAAAAACUUUCCUAAUCUUGAGAUUAUUGUUCGUGCAAAAAACCGUAGUUAUGCCUAUAACUAUUUGAAAGAAGGAUUGAACGAAGUGUAUAGAGAAAGUUUCUUCUCAUCAGUUUAUGUUGGUCGACAAUUACUUAUAAAAUUUGGUUUUUCGUAUGAAGAAGCUUCUAAAAUUGGUGAUGUUACAAUGAUAGCGCCUGUUCUUAAAGAAUUUAUAGAACAGAAUCCUAAUGUAGAAGUUUAUGUUGCUUCUCGCCCAUUCAUGGGAACUAUUUUUAAACAAUUUCCUGAAAUAAAAUUCAUUCCUGUUGAUCUAAAUAAAGAUGGAAUAGCAACAGCUACAUUAGAUAAAGGUAGAGAAGAAAAAAAAGCAUUAAUUAAUCAAGAAAACGAGUCUUUACACCUUAAUUAA